AGAUGAUCAUUGUAGUUUAGACAGCUGGUAUUUGUAGUAGUUUGUCAUGGGGUCUCUGUUCCGUAGUGAAGAGGUGGCUUUGUGCCAGCUUUUCCUGCAGAGUGAGAGUGCCUACACAUGCGUCUCAGAGCUUGGAGAGCUCGGCUUAGUGCAGUUCCGGGAUCUGAACCCAGAUGUCAAUGCCUUCCAACGCAAGUUUGUUAAUGAAGUGCGCCGGUGUGAUGAGAUGGAGCGCAAGUUACGCUAUCUUGAGCGAGAGAUCCGGCGGGAUGCCAUCCCCAUGCAGGACACGGGCGACAACCCUGAAGCUCCCAUGCCUCGUGAAAUGAUAGACUUGGAGGCAAACUUUGAGAAGCUGGAGAAUGAACUGAAGGAGGUGAACAGUAAUGCCGAGGCUCUGAAACGCAACUACCUUGAGCUCACUGAGCUGCGGCACAUCCUCAAGAAGACUCAGGUCUUCUUUGAUGAGGAGGGCCAUCUUUGGCCGUGGCAGGCAGAGGCAAUGUAUCCCCCCAACCUGCCUCCCGAUCAGGCUCCUUACUUUGAUGAUGAUGAUGAAACCAUCAACCUUUUGACUGACAUCUCGCUACAUCAACUCAAGCAUAUUGGGUUUGUGGCCGGUGUCAUCCUGCGUGAGCGAGUGGCAUCCUUUGAACGGAUGCUGUGGAGAGCUUGCCGAGGGAAUGUGUUUCUGCGUCAGGCACAAAUUGAGGAGCCCCUUGAGGAUCCUGCAACUGGCGAGCAGGUCUACAAGAGUGUCUUCAUCAUCUUCUUCCAAGGGGAGCAGCUGAAGCUGCGCGUCAAGAAGAUCUGCGAGGGCUUCCGUGCCACUAUGUACCCCUGCCCUGAGGCGCCCGCCGACCGCAGGGAGAUGGCCAUGGGUGUCAAGACUCGCCUUGAUGACCUCAACACCGUGCUAAGCCAGACGCAGGACCACAGACACCGCGUGUUGGUGUCGGCAGCUCGUAACUUGCGGUCGUGGAUGUUGAAGGUGUGGAAGAUCAAGGCGAUAUAUCACAGCCUCAACAUGUUCAACAUCGACACCAUCCAGAACGGCCUCAUUGCCGAGUGCUGGAUUCCUGUGCCUGACUUGGAGACCGUCCAGCUCGCACUGCGUCGUGGCACUGAAAAAAGCGGGUCUCUGCCAGCCAUCCUGAAUCGCCUGUCGUGCGUCGAGUCGCCGCCAACGUUCCAUCGCACCAACAAAUUCACGCGCGCCUUCCAGGGCUUGAUCGACUCGUACGGUGUGGCCUCGUACAGGGAAAUGAACCCUGCGGUCUACACCAUCAUCACCUUCCCCUUCCUCUUCGCCAUCAUGUUUGGUGACCUCGGCCACGGCAUCAUCAUGACUCUCUUCGGCGCCUGGAUGGUAUGGAAGGAGAAGCCUCUCUCGGUCAAGAAAGUCGACAGUGAGAUCUGGAACAUCUUUUUUGGGGGGCGGUACAUCAUCCUGCUGAUGGGGACAUUCUCCAUGUACACGGGCAUCAUCUACAACGACGUCUUCUCCAAGUCCUUGAACUUGUUUGGCUCGAGCUGGCAUGUGCCUUUUAAUGAGUCAACCAUAAGGGACAACAGGGAGAUCAUGCUCGAUCCUAAGCAACCUGAUCAGUACGAAGGGACUCCUUAUCCUAUCGGCCUGGACCCGCUGUGGCAGCUCGCUGCCAACAAGAUCAACUUCCUCAACUCCUACAAGAUGAAAAUUAGCAUCAUCUUCGGCAUUGUGCACAUGAUGUUCGGCAUCAUACUAAGCUUGUGGAACCACAGGUUCUUCAAUCGUCGACUGAACGUGCUGUGUGAGUUCAUCCCUCAAGUGCUGUUCAUGUCGUGCCUGUUCGUGUACCUCACGCUGCUGGUGUUCAUCAAGUGGGUCAACUACGGUGCAGGUGAAGACGUGCCACUCGUCCUGACGCCAGGCUGUGCCCCCAGCAUCCUUAUCACCUUCAUCAACAUGGUCCUCAUGAAAGGCUAUGAAGAGGCCAAGGGACCUAACUCGUGCUCGGCCUACAUGUACGACGGCCAGUUCUACCUCCAGAGGAUGAUGGUGGUUGUGGCGGUUAUUUGCGUACCUUGGAUGCUGGUGGCGAAGCCUUACUUCCUUUAUAGGGCAAGUAAGCAGCGCGCCAUGUUGGGCACCGGAGGCGUUGAGGGCGCAAUGGAAGAGACUCCAUCGACCAUGCCUGUUCAGCCAGCCGAGGACCACGACAUGAGUGAGAUUCUCAUCCAUCAAGGCAUCCACACCAUCGAGUUUGUGCUGGGCUCUGUGUCGCACACGGCCUCUUACCUUCGUCUCUGGGCCUUGUCUCUUGCUCAUGCCCAGCUCUCUGAGGUGCUCUGGGGUAUGGUACUCAGGAUCGGGCUUUCUACCGCCGGAACCACGGGUGGCUUUGCUAUGUACUUCAUCUUCGCUGCGUGGGCUACGUUGACGGUUGUAAUCCUGGUGCUAAUGGAAGGCCUCUCCGCCUUCCUUCACACACUCAGGCUUCACUGGGUCGAGUUCCAGAGCAAGUUCUACGAAGGCCAGGGCUACGCGUUUGUUCCUUUCUCCUUCGAUUCCAUUCUUGAGGCUAAUGAAAGUACCGUCACUGAGGCGAAGUAAAUCCAAGUGAACUUCUCGUUCGAACCGUAAUGUUAGAUCAAGCUUGGAAUUGUUACCCUAUUGCGUUGGGGUAUACAUAUUGAUGAAUUUAGCUAUCGUCUU